CCGGCGAGUGCACCUCUCGAUGCCAAAGUGAAUAUCGUUGCGUCCGUGAUCAGAGGGCGGGGAAUUGAUACGAUCUUAUGUUUACCAAAAUUUCCUUACUUCGACUGACAGAUUAAUCGACCUUAAAAAUGAUACGUUUUAUCCUCAUACAAAACAGAGCUGGCAAGACCAGAUUAGCAAAGUGGUACAUGAAUUUCGACGAUGAUGAGAAGCAAAAGUUAAUAGAAGAAGUUCACGCUGUGGUCACUGUCAGAGAUGCAAAGCACACUAACUUUGUGGAGUUUCGCAACUUCAAGAUAGUAUACAGGCGAUAUGCAGGCUUAUAUUUCUGCAUCUGUGUUGAUGUAAAUGACAAUAAUCUUUGUUACUUGGAAGCAAUUCAUAAUUUUGUGGAAGUACUGAACGAAUAUUUUCAUAAUGUAUGCGAGCUGGAUUUAGUGUUUAAUUUUUACAAGGUAUACACCGUUGUGGACGAGAUGUUCUUAGCGGGUGAAAUCCGAGAAACGAGUCAAACCAAAGUGUUGAAACAACUCUUGAUGUUGAAUUCCUUAGAAUGAACAAGCUCACGAUUUUGGCUUUACAUAUGUUAUGACUGCAUAAUCUAAAUAUAUAACGUGUUUUCGAGGUGAAUAUAUAUGUUCAUACUAUGUAGUGAUUGUGUCGCAUAAUGGUGAAAUUACACGGUGCGUAAUAGAAGCAAUCAGCACACAAAACUUGCGUGAUAGAAAAGAACGCUUCUAUGUCGCACUUUCUAUUCCGCAGUUCUAUUACGCCCCAUGUAAUUUCAUCCUUAAACACAUAACAUAAAUAUUCCAUGUAACAGUAUGAUUUCGAUGAUGGUCGGCAAUAAUUUUUUUUCGAGAGCUAUAUGAUGUACAGUAAUCUCGACGUGAAUUUUGUGUUACGAGUUAUGAGACACGACGACGCUCAAAACAUGACAAAGUAUCGUAGGUAUGAGAGAAAGAUAGAAAAAAAUAUACGAAUUAUAUCAUCUAUGUUCUAGGUAUCUAAUAAACCCUGUAAAUACCUCUGA